GAAGUUAGACUGGAGGACAAAAAUUUCUGAAGUUAUUCUGAGCCUCCCCUCUGAUGAUCAGAUCUUGGUACAGUCCAAAGAAAUUUCAGGUUAAGAAGCCAGGGACUCUUUGUUUGCAGUAUUGAUUUUGGAGAUUUUGUUUGCCUGACAGCUCAGGAGCAGAGACUAUAUAAGCCAGGCUGGACAGAGGACUAUGUUUUCAUCAGUGAAAUCGUUCAAAGAUCAGAAGUAUCAUGAACUCAAGCAGCAGUGCAUCAAACAAGGACGACUCUUUGAAGAUCCUGAGUUUCCAGCAUCGGACGAAUCCCUUUUCUACAACAGGUGCCCCCCUGGAAGAGUGGAAUGGAAGCGGCCAAAGGAGCUCUGUGAAGACCCACACCUGUUUGUGAAUGGAAUCAGCGCCCAUGACUUGCACCAAGGGAAGCUGGGGAACUGCUGGUUUGUGGCGGCUUGCUCCUGCUUGGCUCUUCGGGAGAAUCUCUGGCAAAAGGUGAUUCCAAGCUUUAAGGAACAAGAAUGGGAUUCAAAGAGACCCCAGAAAUAUGCUGGGAUUUUUCACUUCCAGUUCUGGUAUUUUGGACAGUGGACUGAUGUUGUCAUAGAUGAUAGAUUGCCAACAAUUAAUGGGGAGCUGAUCUACUGCCAUUCCAACGUGGAGAAUGAAUUCUGGAGCGCACUACUGGAGAAAGCUUAUGCAAAGCUGGCUGAGUCUUAUGAAGCCCUGGAUGGAGGCACUGCUGCAGAUGCAAUUGUCGAUUUCACUGGAGCAGUGGCAGAAUCCAUUGACCUGGUAAAGGGCAAAUAUUGUGAGAAUAUUUCUGAGCAAAUGAAGUUGUUUGAAGACUUGCUGAAAGUACAUAAAAGAGGCGGGUUAAUCAGCUGUUCCAUUGCGACUUCAUCCCCCAAUGACACCGAGGUGGAGACAAAGAUGGGUCUGAUCAUAGGCCAUGCCUACUCGGUGACGGCAAUUCAGAAGGUGCGCCUCGGAGAGAGGCUCCUGUUCUCUUUUAAGUCAGAAAAGCUCUUCAUGAUCAGAAUGAGGAAUCCGUGGGGAAAGAAGGAGUGGAACGGUGCAUGGAGUGACCGGUCUGAAGAAUGGAAGAAAGUGAGCGACUCAGAGCGUAAGAGCUUGGGACUCACUGUUCAAAAUGAUGGCGAGUUCUGGAUGACAUUUGAUGACUGGUGUCAGAACUUCACCGAUGUUGACGUCUGUCGAAUUGUGAACACUUCGUACUUCAGCAUCCACAAAACCUGGGAGAAAAAAAUGGUGCACGGGGCGUGGACCAAGCAUUCGGAACCACUGAAAAACCGCUCCGGAGGAUGUUUCGAUUACAGAGCCACCUUCUUACAGAAUCCCCAGUAUGUCUUUGAUGUCAAGAAGGCUGAGGACAAAGUGCUGAUUUCACUACAGCAAGAGGAUCAGCGCAUUUACAAGAAAGAUGGGAAAGGGGACAACUUCCCUAUUGGCUUUGAAAUCUUCAAGGUGGAGCUUAACAGAGACUAUCGGAUACACAAGCUGCAAAUACAAGAGCGAGUGGCAACCUCCAUUUAUGUCAAUACACGCACUGUGUUCCUGAGGAAGCUCCUUGCACGGGGUCGCUAUGUUCUUAUCCCAACAACACACUAUCCUGGCAUUGUCACUGCAUUUAUCCUGAGGCUCUUUACAGAUGUGCCAUCAAAACUCAGGGAGCUGAAGCUAGAUAAGCCUAAAUGGACAUGCUGGAGCAUUCUGUGUGGUUAUCCUCACAUAGUCACCGAAAUUAAAAUUCACUCCGCAGAAGGUCUACAGAGGCAAGACAGAUCAGGUGGAGCAGAUCCCUACCUGAUUAUCAAGUGUGAGAAUCAAAAAGUUCGCUCUGCUGUCCAGCAAGACACCGUCAGUGCCAUUUUUGACACACAAGCACUUUUCUACAGAAAGAACGUCAAGCGUCCCAUAAUUGUCCAGGUCUGGAAUAGCAACGUCUUGUGUGACCAGUUCCUUGGACAAGUGCUGCUGGCAGCACUCCCCGGUGACCCCAGAGAACCGCAGACUCUCCAGCUCCGGGGAAAAGGCAGCCGAGAAGCAGACGAAAUGCCAGGUCACAUCACCGUCAAGGUUGUUUCCAGUGACGACCUCAUGGAGCUAUGAAUACCGGAGCCCCGCAGACCCAGACAAAGCUGUCGCCUCACAGCAAGAACGCUUGUCUGUGCUUUCAGUGUGAACGACUCGGGAGCAAAGGUUUCCAGAAAGCCCUCUCUUGCUCAGUCUGACCAUGGGGUUGUGUGCGUGCCGGGGAGGGGUGACUUUUUUUUUGUUUUUUUUUUAACGGAAAAAAUAUAUAAUGCAGCAACUAUGGCAGGAGAUGGGCCGCUCUAAAACUCAGUGACAACACGCGCUACCAAACCGCCACCUCCCCAUCCGUUCCAGCUGGGGGUGACAUUGCAGUAGAUUGAGGCGCACAAUCCUACAGCGCAGUGUUUCUGUUGUUGUCUAUUUCAGGGUGACAGGAGCAGCGCCAGGCAGGAAAGGCGCUGAUGGCCAUGGUGCACAGGUGGGGGGGAUAGAGUGCAGGAGCUGGCCCCAUGACUAAAUCCAUGCUCAGCCUUUGAAAUAUUUACCAGCACCCUGUCAUUUGUGAGGGAUUUGUCUGGGCUGCGGUUGGUUGAAAUGAGUUACUUUUCAUUUAAUCCUACAAUAAUUUGUAUUAACAGCACUAUUAUUACUACUAAUCAUAUAUUACUGUGCCUCAACUGAAACGUCAUUGCUAGAACCAUCAAAGCAGUCAUUCAAAAUGCAUAAGAAUGGGAACCUGGUGGAAGAAAAAUCCCAAUGUUAAAAUGAUAGACCUACAUCCUGCAGUCUUUACUCAGGCAUUGUAGCCAAUGGGAAUUUUGCCUGCAUAAGGGCUGCUGGAUUAGACCCCAUAUUCCCUUUUCCCGAGCCAGCUGAACUCACAAGGUCACAUUUCUGACCACAGGAAGACACCUGGAAAUUCAGCAGUGGCUUGGAUCUAGUACAAACUCUUAGUAACAAGAUCCUGUUUGCAGAGCAGCAGUGCUCUAAUAAAUGAGAUGCUUUAAGAGAGGACUAUCAUUGUUAUUAAACAUGCAAUUCACGUCACCCACACAAUUGAGGAUGUGCAUGGUGACAAAUUGAAUUGAGGAGGACACAAUCCUCCCAGCUGCUGGGAGGGAUAUGAAUGAAAGGCAAAGUCAUUGGGGGGUUGGAUACUUGAUUGCAUUCCUCUGAGUUUUGAAUACACUUAGCACUAGUAAAUCCUUGUGUCAACCAAAUAUAACGCAGGGCAGGCACUGACUAAGUUUUCCCACAGAGCAAGCCAAGGCACAUGCUUCCUUUCAACCUGUGCAUACAGCACAAUGGUGGGGUUCCCCAGAGCAGAAUCAAGCCAUAGUGUCAAACUGUAGCAAUUCCAGGUGUAGAAUAAUUUCACAAUGAAAUCCCAACCCUCAACCUUUGACUUCUUUUAUUGCUCUUGCAAAUUCUGAGUUUGAGCAUGAAGCUCAAAGUUUCCUCUUUCAACCCUUCAUUCAGACUGAGGUUGCAUUUUCAGAAAAUUUGAAUUUUGCACUCCGCUGGAGGCUAAACCAGGCAUUCUUGUGGAAUUUAAUCGCUUGCAAAAUGGUCCAGAACAAAAGUACAUGACUGUUGUUUUGCAAAACAUUCUGAACAUUUGUUCAUGCGUUUCAGACCCACCUCUGCUGUGUGACAAUGAUUCGCUGGUGUCCUGAAGUAGGCAUGGAAACACACGAAUGAUACUGAGCCAGUUGGGAACCAUCACUUUGGUUGUGUGUGUGAAAUACUUGCAUCCAGCUUAGGUCAUAAAUGUUGUGCCUAAACUGUUUUGCACGAUGAUUGCAUGUGUCAGCCCAGCACUGCAUGCCUGGAUAUUUCUAUUGUCUGUAAUUUGGUGUUUUUAACUUUGUUUUGAGUGCACGUCUAAAGUUAAACUUUCCCAUAUAGCUCAGGCCCUGAUGAGCAUCAGUGACAGGGAGCCACUGUGCAGACACUACACAGUUUCCUGACUCUGCAUUAGGAAUGGCUUAUGUUGGGCCUGAUUCUUCUCACCCGCUAUCUUAUACCAUUGUAACUCUACUGACUUCAAUGGAGUUUACUCUUCAUCUACGCUAGUGUAAGCAACAGGAGAAUCAGGCCAUCCUGUAUACUCUAAUUAGGUAAGUACAGAAAGAGAGCAGAGGAUCAACCAUGCUGUCCUAUCAGAAUAGUCUCACCAGGUCAGUGGAGUACAGACAGCGUGUAGAUGAAAGUCUCAUUUUUUUUUUCUAGUUUGACUUGUAGAAGAUAAUGGUGCCCUCCCAGGAUUCAAUGCACUGGAUCUCUUAGGCUUGGUCUACACUACCCCCCCCAAUUCGAACUAAGGUACGCAACUUCAGCUACGUGAAUAACGUAGCUGAAGUCGAAGUACCUUAGUUCGAACUUACCUUGGUCCACACGCGGCAGGCAGGCUCCCCCGUCGACUCCGCGGUACUCCUCUCGCCGAGCUGGAGUACCGCAGUCAACGGCGAGCACUUCCGGGUUCGACUUAUCGCGUCCAGACUA